GAUACAUUGGAUUCACAAUUGUUUUAAGUGAACGGACAAAGAGAUUUAUAACUUAUUUGACAGUUACAUAUCAUCAUUAUAUUUUUAAAUAAUCACAUACACAUAAAUAAUAAACAUGUCACAUCGACGUGAAGCAGGUGCUGUUCCACCAUGGGUUAUUCCAGAAGAACAUGCACGUUGUUCACCUAGAAAUAAAAUAAAUCAACAAUCCACAGUGGAAAAGUCUCCGUUGAAUCAAGUGGAAAAUGUUAAUAAUAUUAAUAAUAAUAAUUCAAAUUGUAAAGUUAAUAUGGCAGCCGGAGACUCUAAUUCACAACAAACACCUAAAGCAAAAAAAGAACAAGUUUAUAUUAUGGGUGGACAGUUGGUGAAUAGUGAUCAUAUACAAUAUGCUGACAUACUGAUUGAAGAUGGUAAAGUUGUUUCAACAGGUAAAAAUAUUCAAGUUGGAUCAGAUGCAUUAACUAUCGACGCCAGUGGUAUGUUAAUUAUGCCUGGGGGAAUUGAUAUGGCAACCUAUCUGGUGCAAGAUGUUCAUUCAUUGGAUAAAGAAGCUUAUUUAAAUGUUACAAAAGAAGCCUUAAUCGGAGGAACAACAACAAUUGUUGAUACAAUUUUAUGCCCAAAAGGUUCAUCAGCUAUUGAACUUUUAACAAAGUAUAAAAGUACAAUGAAAGAUACAAAAUUGUGGUGUGAUAUUAUCAUACGAAUUGGUUUCUUAGAAAUUCAUGAAAGUCAAUUAAACGAAAUAGAUGAUUUAACUAGAAUUCAUGGAAUUAAUUCCUUUUUGUUUAUUAUUGAUCCAGUUGAAAUGAAUAAAACAAACAAAGAUUCUGUGUUAAUUACAAAUUUGUUAGCAGCCCUAGAAAAGUGUAAAGAAUCCGGUUCAAUUGUAUUCAUUAAAUCCUAUUUGAAAACCUCAAAUUUGGAUAAUAAAGAUGAUCUGGAAUUAAAAUCAAUUGAAAAAAUCAUCUUCCUUGCUAAUACAGCCAAUUGUCCUGUUGUCAUUUCCUCGCCAAAUGGAUUGAAAACAAUAGAAGAAGUUAGUGAGGCAAGACGUCGGAUACCACCAGCACAUAUGACAGUCUGCUGUACGCCUAAUGCAUUACAACCGACAACGACAAAGGGACAGCAGUAUGCAAACAGAUUUCUAUCCCGAUUAACCAAUGGUGAUAUUACAUUGAUUUCAAGUGAUCAUUAUGGUGUCAAUUCAAGUGAUACAAUUGGAAAACGAUUAACAACAAUCUGGGAAGUUGGUGUGCCAUCUGGAUGGUUGGAUGCUACAUCUUUUGUCAAUAUUAUCUCCGCAAAUGCAGCACGUUAUCUUGGCUUAUAUCCAAGCAAAGGUUGUCUCUCUCCUGGAUCAGAUGCUGAUUUAAUACUAUGGCCAUCUGAUAGUAUAACCCGCUGUGGUGUUGGAAAACCCACACUGGUUAUACAUCAUGGUAAAUUAAUUGUACACGAGGGUAAAUUGAUUGACGCUAAUAACACUACCAGUAAUAAUACUCUUCUGAAGAUUACACCAAUCAAUAAACUCAGUGAAUUCCAAUCAAAUCAACCGUGUGGCUUAUUGAAGACAGGGAAAACAUUUCCACCAACUAUCUAUGGUUUGGUGAAAGCAUCUGAAAGAUUGCGUAAAAGAAAUCAAAUGCCAAUAGAUCGUGAACCUUGGACAAUGAACAACUUAAAUGAAGCGCUAUUGAAUUCACAACAAUCUUCAAAUACACUAAAUAAUGGUACAAAUAAUAAUGCAAUUGUAACGCCUAAUUCAAACGAUGAACAGAAAAUCACAGAUAAAGUACAAAAUUCAACGUCAUCACUGAAUGUACGCACAAUCCAUGGGCAUAGAGAUUUACACGCAUCUGGAUUCUCAUUAAGUGGUGCUCAAGUUGACGAUGAUCAACCACUACGAACAGGGAUACGUACACGACAGACAAGUGAAUCAAGAAAUCCAUUAUGGUAG